AUGAGGCGACCGCAGCGUCCAGCUUCGUCCCUUUACCUUCACUGCUCACCUCUUUGUGAAUCACCCUUCAAAAUACCCCCGACCCUUUUUUUCCUGCCCGCUGUAAUCAUGUUUCUUCCUCUCAUUAAAACACAAACAGUUGUUGAAAAUUCAAAUCAAACUGAACAUUUCUCAAACAUUACAAUUGAACAUUUAAAUAUUUACGAUGAUAAUAAUUAUAAAGAAAAGUCAGAUAACUACUCCAAAGAGCUUAUAAAUAACUUAAAUACUUUAUAUCCUACAUUACCGAAUAGACAUACAGCGAAGUAUACUGAAGUAGAUUAUAAUCAAACAAAAAGUAACGAUAAUAAUAAUACUAUAGUUGAAACAGAAUUCGUACCAUAUAAAAGCAAGAGCUUUCAUCAUGAAUAUGAUGAAAUUAAAGAUGAAAAUUUAACUUUAUCUUCAAAUAUUCCUAUGGUAACAAAAAAUAUCAAUUUAACAAAUUUUGAUCAAAUUUCAACUGAAAAAAAUGACUUGGCAAAGAGCGUACCUCUGUUUGAUAACAAUACAAAUUUGGUUCAAGAUAUACAAGAAAAUAAUUUAAAUACAAACGAAAAUGUUUCAAACAAUUACGUAACCAAAGCAAUAGAUGAAUCAAUGGGAAAAUUAAAAGUGGAUAAAGCGACACAAACAAAAAUAUUCUACGAUUACUUUACAACAGUCAAAAAAACGGUUGAAUCCAAAUCAAGCCAACCUAACAUUAACUAUGAUAAGAAAGGUUUCGACAUGGUCGAAUUAAACGAAACGAUUAAUGAAAAUAAUGAUACCAAAGCUGAGAUAGGUCGUACUACGGUGUUUUCAAAUGAUUCAUUUUUACAACCUGACACAUCCCUUGUUCCUCAAAUAACAGGAGUAUUGCAAUCAACACGACCCCGAUUCACGGAAGAAUUGCCAAAAACAACCACCAACAGAAUAGUUUCGAUAUUGGGACUGUUCGAGCUGACAGUGGGCCAGUCUCCGAGGGCUGAAGGAGCUUCAGAAUUGGCUGCGGCGAAACUAGCCGUAAACCACGUCAACAGUCGCGCGCUGCUGCCAGGAUACAAACUCCAUCUCAUCACCAAUGAUACCAAGUGCGAUCCAGGAGUAGGCGUGGACCGAUUCUUUCACGCUUUGUACACAGAGAGGGAAUCCAGGAUGGUGAUGCUGUUGGGGACGGCCUGUUCCGAAGUCACUGAAAGCAUCGCUAAGAUAGUGCCCUACUGGAAUAUAGUUCAAGUAUCCUUUGGAUCGACAUCGCCAGCGCUGAGCGACCGCUCCGAGUUCCCGCUCUUCUGCCGCACCGUGGCUCCCGACUCCUCGCAUAAUCCCGCCAGGAUUGCGUUCAUAAGGCAACACGGAUGGGACACAGUAACAGCCUUCUCACAAAACGAAGAGAUAUACUCCCUGGCAGUUAAUGAGCUGGUAACGCAGUUGGAAGCCGCGAACAUCACCUGCGCUGCCUCUAUCACCUUCGCAGAGUCUGACUUCAAAGAACAACUUCAACAGUUGAAGAAAUCAGAUAUUCGAAUAAUAAUCGGCAGCUUUUCGCAAGAGAUGGUGCCGAAGAUAUUUUGCGAGGCGUUCCGACUGGGCAUGUACGGCGCGGAGUACGCCUGGCUUGUGGCGGGCGCGCCGCCGCGUCUCCGCGUUGCCGCGCCUUGCGCGCGUGCACAGCUGGCGCGCGCGCUCGAGGGGCUCGUGUCCGUCACUGCGCACCGGGGGAUUGCGGGGGACGUGGUCUCGUUUUCUGGACUGACAAAUGAAAUGUUCCACCGUGAGAUGGAAAGGGCGGGAGUCCCAGUUUCUCCCUUCGCUCCUCACACGUACGACGCAGUGUGGGCUAUCGCGUUGAGCCUCAGCAAGGCAGAGCUGCUAUGGAGGAGUUCAGAGACUCUAAACAACACGUCGAGUAAAAGUUCAAGGCUUGGUCUGGGGCAAUUCGAUUAUGAUCGGAAGGAUAUGGCAGAGGAAUUUUUGAACCAAUUUGCUAAUCUCAGCUUUCUUGGAGUAUCUGGACCCGUGUCCUUCAACGGCGCUGAUAGGAUCGGGAUGUCGGCUUUUUAUCAAAUACAAGGUGGUCGUCCGAAAACAGUGGCGCUGUACACUCACGGCCGCGAGAUGACGUGUCCGGAAUGCUCGCGACCACACUGGGCGGGGGGAAUUCCUGCGGCCAGAAGAGUGUUGGUGUUACGGGUGGACUCUGUAUGGGCUCCGGCGAGGCUGGCGGUCGCCGUAUUGGCGGCUGCUGGUGUUGCUCUGGCGUUGGCUUUUCUCGCUUUCAACUUGCAUUAUAGUAAACGGAGGUCAAUUAAACUGUCGUCUCCUCGUCUGAACAACAUGACCCUGAUUGGAUGCGUACUGGUGUACACCGCGGUGGCUCUACUGGGAGUGGACAACGCUACGCUGCCUUCAUAUGUCCCCUUCUCUGCUAUGUGCACUGGCAGAGUGUACAUUUUAUCAGCAGGAUUCUCACUCGCAUUUGGAUCCAUGUUUGCGAAGACAUAUCGAGUUCAUCGAAUUUUCAUAAGCAAUCGAAGUGGCGUAUGUAAAACGAAGCUUCUACAAGACACCCCACUUAUUUCCCUGGUGUGCGCACUGUUGGUCAUCGACGGCAUGAUCGUGACUCUUUGGGCCAUCCUGGACCCAAUGGAGAGGCAUUUGAAGAACCUGACCAUUGAGAUCAGCGCGACGGAUCGCAGCGUGGAGUACCAACCACAGAUAGAAGUUUGCAAAUCUCAAAACACAACGGGUUGGCUGUGCGCGCUGUACGCGUACAAAGGUCUCCUGCUCAUCGUUGGCGUCUACAUGGCCUGGGAGACCAGGAACGUCAAGAUAUCCGCCCUCAACGACUCCAAGUACAUUGGCAUCAGCGUUUACUCGGUCGUCAUAACCAGCACUAGUGUAGUCGUCAUCGGGACUAUAAUAUCCGAGAGGGCGACCCUCGCGUACAUCACUAUAACCAGUUUAAUAUUGACAACGACUACGUCAACACUAUGCCUGUUGUUUCUGCCGAAAAUUAUUGCAAUUAGAAACAAAUCUGAAGAUGAUCCGGUAAUACAAAGCAUGGGGCUGAGGCUAGAAUGUAAAACUAGAAGGUUCAUCACCGACGAAACCCAAGAGUUGCAGUUCAGAAUCGAAAUACAGAACAAAGUGUACAAGAGAGAAGUAGCUGCCCUCGACAAGGAAAUUGGCAGGCUGGAAAAACUGCUAGCGGAGCCUUUGGAAUCAACCAGCAGUUCUAAUGUUUCUAUUGUACUCCAAAAACGGACGGAACUAAACACAGUAGAUGAAGAAAGCAGUCGUCCCGAUAAUCUUGACAAAAGAACCCCAAGUAUCAGUGGAGGACUGCCCAUGCUGCUACUAUCUGUCUUACCUCCAGUGAUCCCUCGAGCAAGCUGGCCUUCCGCAGAAGCAUACCGAGGCAGAAACUCUGUCAGCUUUAGCUCCCAACCAAAACUCAACUAUAGGAAAUCCCAACCAGCAAUAGAUUUAUACAAUCUCUGUCUAAACAAACGAGAGGAAAACCAAGGCUUCCUUAGCAGAUUGAAGAGCUUCUUCGGUAGUAGACCGUCCAGUAGAAAAGCGUCGACUAUGUCCAUAGCCGACCCAACUGGUCAGAGCAUUGCUGCCGCUUUGAAGUUGCACGUUGGCAUGAUCGCUGGACUCGUGCCAGGGAAUAGAAAGCACUCAAUGGUUUUGUCGUGUAAUACACUGAACGUGCCACAGCCAGAGUUGAAGUUGCGCAGGGAAUCAUACGCAAAGAGCGGUCCCAUCAUUCGAAUAAUAGACGACGAGCCCUCGUGCUCAAGAUAUUCUUCCGAAAGGAGUGUCUCCUCUGGCACGCAGAAAUACGUAGCUGAGCCAGAGACCAAGGUAAACUUCAUGCUACCUAACACGCAUAAAAAGUCAAUGUCUCAUCAGAACUCCUGUGAAAGGAUAAAGGGGUCGCCACGGUUCCCUCACAGGAUAGCCCCAGCCACGACUAGCUUGACAACGUUGGACAGCAGACGGAAAACAAGCGCUGACAGCGUCUUCCAUAUCUCUGAAGGUAUAUUUGCUGAACACCGACGGUACAGUCAUCAGAAUGUUUACAACCAGGAGUCCAAAAGUAAGACGACUUUAGAAAGCAGAUGGAAUUCCACAGAGGAUUCACGACCAGGUCCUUCUGGUGCUUAG